CAUAAACAAGCAUGCCCUUCCUUAUCUUAAUCCCGUUCCCAUUUUAUGUCAAUUAAUCGUAUAAUUUCUCGUCGAUUUAACACAUUUCUUGUUUGGCCGAGGUUUUAUGAUAGAUUUAAUCUGUUAGCGUCACACGGGAACCUCUGAGUUUUUAGGUCAGCCAUGGGAGUUGUAAUCGAAUCCGAAGUUUGGAAACCAAACCAGGCAGUGUUCAUAUUCUUAUUCAUCUCGUGCGUGUUAUCAAUCAUCUGCUUGCCCACAAAAUCAGCAGCAAAUGUCAUUGAUCAGGCGCCUUUAGCGUCUUUUCUUCGUUUUCGGCACAAGUUUAUGUUUCUCUACACUCUCGCAUCAGUGAUAGAGGGGUUAUGGACUGUGUUUGGAGAGUACGAGCUGGCUUAUUUUGGAUUGAGUAAGGAGCAAAUGCUCACGUCUCUAUCCUUCGGAUAUGCGGUCUCGACGAUUAUUGGGAGUUUUCUUGGAGUGCUUUCUGAUUUAGUAGGUCAUAAGAAGUUAUGCUCGUUAUUUUACUUGCUCCACAUAUGCUUGGCUGUUUGGAAGAUAGUUGUUGGAAGUCCAUAUAUUUGGUUCGCAAGUCUGUCUCUUUCGCUGGCAUCUUCAAUAUAUUCCUUCAGUUUCGAGACAUGGAUGGUAGUUGAACACGAGAAGCUUGGGCAGAGGCCAGACUCGUUGAAUGAUAUGUUUUGGUCAAUGACUUUUUUUGGGUCUGCAUCUUUCAUUGGCAGCCAAAUGCUUGCAAAUUAUUUGAUUGAUGAUAAUGUGAACAAAAAUAUCAAGUCUACAUGGAAGGGGGCUGUGAUUCUGGCUGCUGUUGGUAUUAUAUAUACCACUCGUGGUUCGAAAGAAGCUCCACAAAUAGCAACAUUCAGGGAUUAUCUCAUGUCGUUGCACAGACAAGCUAAUAGUGAUAAAAGAAUAUGGCUGUUGGCAUGGAUACAAAGUUGUGUACACUUUUCGGUUGCAUCGUUUUGGAUUCUUUGGGCGCCGACUAUAGUGGCUGAUGGAAGAGAAGUAUUAUUAGGUUUGAUCUAUCCUUGUUUGCUGGGUUCUAAGAUGCUUGGUAGCGCCAUAUACCCUUGGUUCUUUCAUGGACGACUAAUGCUGCGAAUAGAGGAAUACCUAUUAUAUGCCUUCAUUAUAAUGGGCCUUGCUUUGUCAGUUGUUGCUUAUGAUUAUCAGGAAAUUGGAGUUCUUGUGUCACUUUUCUGCAUAUUUCAUGCUUGUGAGGGUGUGAUUUCUCCAUCUCUCGCCAGAUUGAGAACCAUGUACGUACCAAAUGAAGUCCGUGGAGGCAUAAUGAGUCUAUCUCUCAUGCCAGCCAAUGCUGCAAUCCUUGUUUGUCUAGUCCUGAGAGGAUAUUAUCAGGUAAUCGCGAAUUCGACUAUCAUCUUCUUUGCGGUACUCGGGCUUUUCUCAGCAGCGGGCUGCAUGCAUUUGCUCAAGAAAUGGGGAAAGCAACUCCACCAUAGUCGUCACCACUUGUGAUCUAUACGGAUUGAGCCUUGAAGUAGAAAAACAUUUUGAAUGGUGAUGUGAAUGGCUUUCACGUAUUUCAUAAAGAAGUCCACAGAGUUCCCAAUGCAUGAAAAGAGAAGUCGGUGGUAACUACCAUUACGGAUGAAUUAUUUUUUCAUCCAAAUAUGUGAGAAUUGAGAUAAGGUGGUAACUCCCCGACUCUCAUACGACAAUUUUGGCCUUUGAGGUCCUUCGAGCCUUCAACACUGCUAAGGGGCAUAUAAGCUUACACUAACUCAAACUUUGUUUCUUGGAGGGGUCCCUUUUUACUUUUAUUUUUGUUAAAGUUGAGAAGUUACGAAUCUCUCUCUCCAAGUGUUAUAUAUCCGGCUAUUUUGCCGAAAUUUCACCCAGAGACUCAUUUUUGCUCUAUAUUAUCUGUUUUCUAGUAGUACACUACAGUUUCUUUGUCAUUGGGAAACAAUGCUUAUGUUGCAACGAAUAUUAUUGAGAAGAGGUCUAAAUGGCUGAUUAUUGGCUUUAUAGCGCGUAUAGCAGCCUGUUAGAGAUGAUGAGGAUCCCUCCAUUCCGAGAUGGGUUUUGAUAGUUUAAAUUGAGAUUGGGCAGUGUUUCUGUUUAUUCAAGUGAAUAUGGCUUAUUUGUCCUCCAAUUCAUUAAGUUUACUUUUCUC